CGAGCUCUUCGACCUUCCGCGCAUACGUACAUUUGAGUUCUGCCUCGGGAUUGUAAAACCCCAACAAAUCUCUCAAAACGACAAAACCGGCCGGACGCCCGGACAGGAGCACAAAAAGAGGACAUGUCCGGGGAAAACCGGACGUAUGGACAUGAAAAGAGAAUGAAAUUUGUGACAUUUUCAUGAAUGGCAGGUGCAUUCCAUUUGUCAAAGCGGGAGUAUUUGAAAAUUACAAAGUGGGAUGCAAAUUAAAGGACUCUUGCAGCAGCUGUCUUUACCGUGCAGGUUGUGAAACCCAUGUUUGAAUGUCAGCAAAAUGGAGGCUACAGCCAUAUUGCCAGUACUGAAGAAAAAGCUGGCGUUUCUUUCAGGCGGCAAAGACAGACGCAGUGGCCUCAUUUUGACAAUUCCUUUAUGUUCAGAGCAGACAAAUAUGGAUGAACUCAGCGCUACACUAGACUAUUUGCUCAGCAUUCCAAGUGAAAAGUGUAAAGCAAGAGGGUUCACGGUUAUUGUGGAUGGCAGAAAGUCACAAUGGAAUGUUGUGAAGACAGUUGUACUAAUGUUACAGAAUGUCAUUCCUGCUGAGGUAUCACUAGUUUGUGUGUUGAAGCCAGAUGAAUUCUGGGAUAAGAAGGUUACACAUUUCUGUUUCUGGAAGGAGAAAGACCGACUGGGUUUUGAGGUUAUUUUAGUCUCGGCUAAUAAGUUAACCAGAUAUAUAGAACCUUGCCAGUUGACUGAAGAAUUUGGAGGCAGUCUUGUGUAUGAUCAUAUGGACUGGGUAAACAAAAGAUUGUGCUUUGAGUCUUUCCAUGAAAAAAAAAGGUCUCUAUUAGGAGAGUUUAUAACCACAAACAUGAAUAAAAAGGGAUCCCAAACACACCCAGACAGGGCCUCUCAGUCUGAUUCAUUACCACGUUUUGAUGAACGUUGUUUGUUAAAUUUAGGUCAUGAGCUUUUGUCUGAGCUGCAGCAACGUCGCUUUAAUGGUUCAGAAGGAGGAGUUUCUUGGUCGCCAAUGGAUGAUGAGCUGCUGGCUCAGCCUCAGGUGGUAAAAUUGCUUGACUCGUUACGAGAACAGUAUACACGGUACCAAGAAGUCUGUAGGCAGCGCAGCAAACGCACACAGUUAGAGGAAAUUCAACAGAAAGUAAUGCAGGUUGUAAACUGGUUGGAAGGGCCAGGAUCGGAGCAGCUGAAAACACAGUGGGGAAUUGGAGAUUCAAUUAGAGCCUCUCAAGCCUUACAACAGAAACAUGAGGAAAUUGAGAGUCAGCACAGUGAGUGGUUUGCAGUCUAUGUUGAACUUAAUCAACAACUUGCUGCAUUACUGAAUGCUGGUGAUGAAGAAGACCUUACAGAGCUGAAGUCUUUGCAACAACAGCUGAGUGACGUCUGCUACCGCCAUGCAAGCCAGCUGGAAUUCAGACAGAAUCUUUUGCAAACAGCACUUGAAUUCCAUGGAAUUGCUCAGGAUUUGUCCCAACAGCUAGAUGGUUUACUUGGCAUGCUUUGUGCAGAUACUGCACCAACGGAUGGAGCAACAAUUCAGCAGACAUUGAAACUCCUUGAAGAGAAGCUGAAAAGUGUUGAUAUAACUUUACAAAGUUUACGUGAAAAGGGUCAAGCACUUCUUGAACAAAUUUCCACCCAGGCUUCCUGGGCUUAUGGAAAAGAUGUGUCUGCUGAAAAUAAAGAGAACGUUGAUCACAUCCAAGGAGUAAUGGAUGAUAUGCAGCUUCGAAAGCAAAGAUGCGAAGACAUGGUUGAUGUACGAAGAUUAAAGAUGUUGCAAAUGGUACAGCUAUUGAAAUGUGAAGAGGAUGCUACUCAGGCAGUCGAAUGGCUAAGUGAAUUACUGGAUGCACUUUUGAAGACUCACGUCCGCCUUGGAGAUGAUGUAUCAGAAGUCAAAAUCUUGUUGGAAAAACAUAAAAAAUUUGUAGAUGUUGCACAGAGCACAUAUGAUUAUGGGAGACAGCUGUUGCAAGCUACAGUUGUUUUAUGCCAGUCCCUUCGAUGUACAACAAGAUCAUCAGGAGACACACUUCCGAGGCUGAACAGAGUAUGGAAGCAAUUUACAGUGACCUCAGAGGAGAGGCUGCACAGGCUGGAGAUGGCGCACUCAUUUCACGCAGCUGCAGAAAAGAUAUUCAAAGAAUCUACAGAGCAGCCAGAAACCCUUGUUUCCAUAGAAGUGUUUGAUGAAGCUGAAGGAACUGGGCGAUCAUUACUGGACAGAUUAACCAUACCUGUAAUUUAUCCAGAUGGAACUGAACAGUACUUUGGAAGCCCAAGUGACAUGGCAUCUACUGCAGAACACAUCAGAGAGAAAAUAAAGUCAAUUAGUCUGAAAAGACAGCAACAGCAUGAGAAGAUACAGCAACAGCAGAAAGAACAACCAGCAACUUCUUCCCCUGACAGCUAAUAGAAUGAACUUAACUGUCAUCUUGUAUUGAUACUGCACUUGCAACUCAUUAUGGCAUUAGGACUUCAGAAAUGUGAACAUGGCACAUUGCAAUGCAUCGCACACUCAUGGCAUACCUGCAUUCAUUCCGUAAUUGACCAUGCUGUUUAUGGAACAUCUCCAUAUUACAUUUUGUCUGGCUGUAGUAAGUUAAACUCGCUCUGUAAGAACAGUACUUUCCAAAAUGUUACAUGUUGCACUGAACUUGUUACAAAGCUUUACCCAAUCUGUUAGCUGCUAAGCAGCUGCUAAGCUUUAACUGGUGCUACUAAACAUUUAGGUAGUCCUAGUACUAAUAAGUUGCUGUUCUUUCCAGGAUUUUUUUAGGUUGUAGAUAGAUUACCAAGUGUUUGUAAACUUAAGUGUUCUUAAAAUUGUCUUAAUUUUAAUUCUCUGAAACUUGCUGCAUCAUUUUUAUUGUGCCAUUAUGAAUCCUGUCACCAAGCCUUUAAUACUGUUGCAUUUUUUUGAAUUGCAUAAACUGUUUUCAGAUGAAAUGAUUAUGUAUUAAAUGCCAUUUGUGCUUAAUAAACUGCUUUCUAAAAAACAAAAGUUUUGUUGCUCCACAUUAAAAUAUCUUGAGUUUA